AACGUUUCAUCUGUCUCUCCCUCUCUCUCAAGUUUUAUUUGAUUUUGAGUUAUUUCUGCUCUCUGUUUCCGAGUUGUCUACUCUGCGGAGUUUCUCUCCGUUAAUUUUAUGCCUAGUUGUUAGCUGCUGCUGCUGUCGUGCCUCCGUCUUUCUUUCUGGCGCUUCUCAUUUGUUCUUUCUUUCUCUAAAAUUUUCCUCGCACACGCUUCUGAAGACAAACGCCCUUCUCCCCAAUACGAUGAGCACGACGACGAUCCAUCCCCUGCAUCGCCGUUGACGGCUCCAGCCAGCGAAGAAACAUGCGGAAUCCCGGCGUGCUUUUGCUCUGGACGGCCGUCGCCGCACUUACCCUGUGCUGUCUCCCCGAUGGCGCAGCUCCGGCGCCGGAGAAGCAUAAGAACGCCUACGCUACGAUGAUGUAUAUGGGAACGCCCAGGGACUAUGAGUUCUACAUCGGCCUGCGUGUCCUGCUUCGCUCCCUCGCCCACCUGAAGGUCGACGCCGACCUCGUAGUUCUGGCUUCCAAGGACGUUCCGGCCAAGUGGGUCGCUGCCAUGCAGAAUGAAGACGGGGCGAAGGUCGUGAGGGUGGACAACGUGAAGAACCCCUACGUCCCCGAACAUUCCGAUUACAGGUUCAAACACACCCUCAACAAGCUCUAUGCUUGGAAAUUGGUGGAAUAUGAGAGGGUGGUGAUGCUCGACACUGACAACCUGUUCCUGCACAACACGGAUGAAUUGUUCCAGUGUGGUCAAUUCUGUGCCGUCUUCAUAAAUCCCUGCAUUUUUCACACAGGGCUUUUUGUUCUGCAGCCAUCAGAGGAGGUGUUCAACAGGAUGAUGCAGCAGCUGAUAGAUGGGAGGCCGAAUCCGGACGGUGCUGAUCAGGGGUUCUUGGUUGGCUGGUUUGAUGAUCUUCUCGGGCGCCCCAUGUUCAAUCCCCCCGCAAAUGGCACAAGACUCGAUGGUUACUUCAGACUGCCCCUUGGUUACCAGAUGGAUGCUUCUUAUUUCUAUUUAAAGCUAAGAUGGAACGUACCCUGCGGCCCUAACAGCGUUAUCACAUUCCCUAGUGCGCCCUUGUUUAAGCCAUGGUACUGGUGGUCCUGGCCUGUCCUCCCUCUCGGCUUAGCUUGGCACGAGCAGCGUCGCAACUUGUUGGGCUAUGCGGAUGACGUCCCUUACUGCGCUGCCCACACUGCCGUCUUCCUCCUCCUCCUGGCCGCGCUCCGCCUCUGUUUGUCUCGCAUCUGCAACUUCCGCGCCACCGACAGGACUAAUGCGACGGCAGCCACGACUUCACUCUAUCCAACUUUCAUGAAGUGUGCCCUUCUUCUGCUGAUCGUGGGUAGCUACAGUAUGCCGUUCUAUUUGAUACACCGGACAGUGCACCCUGUCGUGGGCUGGACUCUGUAUCUGGCAGGCUCAUCUUCACUCAUGUUGGUGGUGGCCAAUGCUUUCUCCCUGCCCUUGCUCUCUGCACUCACGCCCUCUUUGGGGAUUGCCGGGGCCUUGUUCGUGAUGGCGUACCCUGCAUAUCACGACGGCGUUGUCAGAGCUCUCUCUAUAUGGGCCUACUCAUUCGUGUGCGCGCCAUUUUUGUGGAGCUCCAUCUCUAGAUUGUUGAAUCAGGUUGAGGCCUUGGUUCCAAAUAAAAACGGAGAAUUGCCAUUACCGCAAUUCAUGAAGGUCUAUUGAAAAUUGAUGAUCUUAGCAACCAUGUAUUUAGAAUGUCGAUGAAAGAUCUGAGCGUUGUUCUUCUCCCAAUUCCAAACGGGCAUUGAAGGACAGAGGAGACGGUUGUUUGGAUAGUUGGAGAACGAUGGAGUCGAGUGGCACAAUGUAUAUUUAUAUUGUUUUUUUUUUGGUUGAUUUCGUUUGUUUUCCAUUUGAAGACAAAGGCAUGUAGCGGGAGGCCGUUUGUCGCUGCUCAAUUUUUUCUGAAUCUGGCAUGCUUCAUCUUGCCAAC